GAUCGCUGCGAUUCCAUGGCCGCUCCUUCCGUCGCUCUGAUCCAAUCCCUCGCCGCCUCUUCCUCCUCGCCAUUCCGGAAAAGUCGGUUUUCCGCAGGAAGCUCGAUCUCCGGCCGCUUUUCCAGCACGAUUCUAUUCCCCGGAUCACCUCGGCUGCCCCUGCGCUUAACCUCCCGCACCGUAGACGCGCGGAGGAGGAGCGGAAGAGGCGCACGGGCGGCAUACGUGUCCGCGCCUUCCGCCGACUUCGAAUCCGUGUCCAAGAGAGAGAGCUCCUCCGAUGACUUCUCACCCGCAUCUCCUGCCGCUUUGAGCUGGGGCGUCAUCUGGUCUCUCAUCACUCACCACAAGCUCCGGAUGGCCGCCGCGUGCGGUUCUCUCAUUGGGGGAACUGCUUGUACCCUAGCGAUGCCCAUAUUUUCUGGGAAGUUCUUUCAGAUACUCACAGGCAGCAUUUCUGAGCCUUUGUGGAGACUUCUCUCUCAGAUUUCAUUUUUAUAUGCUCUGGAACCCAUAUUUACUAUCAUCUAUGUCACCAACAUGACCAUUAUAUGGGAAGAGGUUAUGGCAAACUUAAGAGGCCAAAUAUUUAGACAGAUAUUGAUUCAAAAGGUUGAGUUCUUUGACCGCCAUAAGGUUGGUGAAUUGACUGGGUUGUUGACAUCUGAUUUGGGUUCCCUGAAGGACCUAGUUAAUGAUAAUAUCUCAAGGGAUCGUGGGCUCAGAGCUCUCUCUGAGGUUGUAGGUACCGUGUGCAUACUUUUCUUCCUCUCUACACAAUUAGCUCCUAUCCUUGUGUUGCUUAUGGUUGCCAUAUCUGGUUCAGUAGCAAUAUUUAAACGGUCGACAAUUCCUGCUUUCUUAUCUCAUUCAAUGGCCCAAGCAAACAUAUCAGACUGUGCAACUGAAACAUUUUCUGCAAUUCGUACUGUAAGAAGCUUUGCUGGUGAGAAACGACAAAUCUCCAUUUUCAGAAAUAUGGUGCUUGCAUACCAGAAGAGUGGAAUAAGACUUGGUUUGUUGAAGUCUGCAAAUGAAUCCUUAACAAGGAUGGUAGUCUACAUUUCUCUAAUGGCACUUUAUAUUCUCGGUGGAAGCAAAGUGAAGACAGGCAAACUCUCUGUUGGAACUAUGAUCUCCUUUAUAGGUUAUACCUUCACACUAACAUUUGCGGUUCAAGGGGGUGUUAACAGUCUUGGAGAUCUUCGCCGGACAUUCGCUGCCACUGAACGCAUAAACUCUAUACUUUCUGCUGCUGAAAUUGACGUGCCACUCGCAUAUGGCUUAGAGAAGGAAUUUCAAACAAAUGAAGCAGAUGUUGAUCUUAGUUUGGAUAAUGGAGGACUUCCUACUAAGAAAGCGCAAGGCAUAAGUAAUCAUUCCAUGUCAGCAUUGAGAUCUACAAGUGGCGGAUGUAGCCUUGCUCGUUCAGGAGACAUCCAUCUAGAAGAUAUAUACUUCUCUUAUCCUUUGAGGCCUGAUGUGGAGGUCCUAAAUGGUCUCGAUCUGACUCUCCAAUGUGGAAAAGUAACUGCCCUAGUGGGGCCUAGUGGCUCUGGAAAAAGUACAGUCGUACAACUCCUGGCACGGUUUUACGAGCCAACGAGAGGGCGCAUUACUGUGACAGGGGAAGAUAUCAGAACCUUUGACAAAAGGGAAUGGGCUCAGGUCGUCUCAGUAGUUAAUCAGGAACCUGUUCUGUUUUCAGUUUCCAUCGGAGAAAAUAUUGCUUAUGGGCUUCCUGAUGAGAAUGUCUCCAAAGAGGACAUAAUAAAGGCCGCCAAAGCCGCCAACGCUCACGAGUUCAUAAUCUUACUUCCUCAGGGUUAUGACACACUAGUUGGCGAACGAGGAAGCCUCUUAAGUGGCGGACAGAGACAGAGAAUUGCUAUUGCACGAGCUCUUCUUAAAAAUGCUCCAAUUUUGAUACUCGAUGAGGCCACCAGUGCUCUGGACACAACCAGUGAACGCCUGGUGCAGGAGGCUCUCGACCAUCUGAUGAAGGGAAGGACAUCUUUGGUGAUCGCCCAUCGACUAAGCACCGUGCAAAAUGCACACCAAAUUGCUGUUUGUUCAGGUGGUAAGAUCGCAGAGCUAGGAACCCAUAUGGAAUUGCUAGCCAAGGGAGGCCAAUACUCCUCCUUAGUCGGAACACAACGGCUCGCAUUUGAGUGAUGAGUCCUCAGCACUUCCAUAGUCAAGUCACAAGCAUAAGGCCCUCCUCGUGUCAGAAAAUACUCAAUUCGAAGACCUCUUCGACUUGUGAGUUGGAAUAUACUCGUAUCUGAAACACUACUGAUUUCAAUCAUCACAUUCAACAAGGAAGUUAUGGCUUUUUACCCCAGGCUUCAUAAAAUAUACAAGUGUAUAUUUGAAAUAUAUUUUUAAAUAAUUUCUUUGUUUUUUGUAAUUACUAAUACAUUUUUUGGUAUAUUUUACUACUUGGAAUUAUAGUUGAAUUGCCUUGAGUAGGUAGACAGCCAUUCAAUGCUCUAGGAGUGUAAAUUUUUGUAAUGUGCUAUUUUUUUUGAAAAAAAAAGGUGUAUAUUAUUUUUCUAUCAAA